CACGCUUUUGACUCGAUUUGGGAACCCUAACUCCUUCCGGAUUACUUUCACUCGAUCUGUAUUCUGUAUUACGUUUUGCCCUUUGGGGAAAUCGCCGAUUCGAUCCAACAUGGAUGAAGAGUAUGAUGUCAUCGUCCUCGGUACUGGUCUCAAGGAAUGCAUCCUCAGCGGUCUUCUCUCCGUCGAUGGUCUGAAGGUUCUCCACAUGGACAGGAAUGACUAUUAUGGUGGAGAAUCAACCUCACUCAAUCUUAUUCAGCUAUGGAAGAAAUUUAGAGGAAGUGACAAGCCUCCAGCUCACUUAGGUUCAAGUAGAGACUACAAUGUGGACAUGAUCCCCAAGUUCAUAAUGGCAAAUGGUGCUCUUGUACGUGUCCUCAUCCACACUGAUGUCACAAAAUAUCUUUACUUCAAAGCUGUUGAUGGAAGCUUUGUCUAUAACAAAGGAAAGGUACACAAAGUUCCUGCAACUGACAUGGAGGCUCUCAAGUCUCCUCUCAUGGGCAUUUUUGAGAAACGUCGUGCUCGCAAGUUCUUCAUUUAUGUUCAAGACUACAAUGAAAAUGACCCCAAAACUCAUGAAGGAAUGGACCUUACACGUGUUUCGACUAGAGAGCUUAUCGCUAAAUAUGGUCUUGAUGACAACACUGUCGAUUUCAUUGGCCACGCGUUAGCUUUACACAGAGAUGAUCGUUACUUAAACGAACCCGCACUUGAAACAGUGAAAAAAAAUGAAGCUUUACGCCGAGUCACUCGCACGUUUCCAAGGAGGGUCUCCUUACAUUUAUCCUCUCUAUGGAUUAGGCGAGCUUCCUCAGGCAUUUGCUCGGUUGAGUGCUGUGGUGAAACUGCUAAAUGCAAAAAAGUUGUUUGUGAUCCUUCCUAUUUGUCCAACAAGGUGAGAAAAGUUGGGAAAGUUGCAAGAGCAAUUUGCAUUAUGAGUCACCCGAUUCCAAACACCAAUGACUCACAUUCAGUGCAAGUUAUUCUUCCACAAAAACAAUUAGGUCGCAAAUCAGACAUGUAUCUGUUUUGUUCUUCAUAUUCACACAAUGUUGCUCCAAAAGGAAAGUUUAUUGCAUUUGUGUCAACAGAAGCUGAAAGUGAUCAACCUGAAAUUGAAUUAAAACCUGGGCUUGAUCUUUUAGGCCCAGUUGAUGAAAUCUUUUAUGAUGUUUAUGAUAGAUAUGAACCAUGCAAUGAGCCUUCUCUUGAUAAUUGCUUUAUAUCCACAAGUUAUGAUGCGACUACUCACUUUGAGUCGACUGUGAUUGAUGUGCUCAAUAUGUACUCUAUGAUAACUGGGAAGGUUCUUGAUUUGAAUGUAGAUUUAAGUGCUGCGAGUGCUGCUGAAGAGUAGAAAGUCGAUGGAGUUGGAGAUUUGUUGGGUUUUCUACUUUUAUGGUGAUGAUGAAUUUUACUUGAAGCUUUGAAUUUUUAUAUUUUUAGCUUUGAAAAGAUUAUAUAAAAAAAUGUGGAAGUAAUUUGUUGUGUGUGUAAAAUGUGGAAGGAAUUCGCUCACUGUGUAUUUUUUAUUUUAUUUUAUUUUAUUUCAAUGCUUGGUGUUUUAUCUUUUGU